AUGAACAAUCUGUGGACCCAGACGUGGGACGUCUCUCGAAGCUUCGCUCCUCCGCCCAGGCCGGGGGCCGCGGGAGGACCGGGAGCAUCAGCCGUCGCGCCGGCAGGCCCGGAUUUCACGGCGUUCAACGCGGAGGUGGCGGCGAUCGAGGAGGAGAUCAAGAAGGCGAACAAUGACGUCAGAGAGGUGCGUAACGCACACAACCUGACGUUACAGGAGGCGCGCGCGGAGAAGCUCGAGGAGCUCCGGAAAGACGCAGCGCGGCCGUCCGCGCAAGCCAAGAAUCGCACGAGGAAGAUAAAAAAGAUGCUGGAGGAGUUGAAGCGGAACAACGAGGCGAUUCGCAUGCGGCCCGGAAGCGGUCCGGGAACCGCGGAGGAUCGCCACCGGACGACUAUCACCAUUGGAUUGGCGGAGCGUCUGCGCGGGCUGCACCAGCUGGUGCUGGUGGUCGAAGAGGAGAUUAAUAACGAGAGCCGGAAGAAAUUACAGCGGCAUUUGUUCAUGGUGACGGGGAAACCAGCGACCGACGAGAUGCUGGAUGAGAUUCUCGAGCACGGGCAGAGCGAGGAUGUGCUGAAAAGGGCUGUGCAGAUGCAAGGCCGCCAUGCGCAAAUCAACGAAGACCAGCUGCGAGACGCUGUCGUGGACAUUGACGAAAAGAUGGACGUCGUGUUACAGGUUACCAAGGAAAUGGUGGAGCUGCAGAGCAUGUUCUUGGAUAUGGCGAUUAUGGUGGAGGCGCAGGGAGAGUAUCUGAAUCAAAUCGAGGCUCACGUGGGGGAUGCGGUGUCUCAUGUCGUGGACGGGAACAAAGAUCUCGAGAAAGCCGAGAAGAUUCAGCGCAACACGCGUCGCACGUACUGGUUGAUCGCCUCCAUUGUGUUAAUCAUCGCCUCCAUCAUCCUCGCGUCCGUCGCGUCGCUCAUCGUGUCGGCGACCCCGGAGAGCUCGCGUGGUGUCGCCGUGGGCGUGGUGAUUGUUGUGGAGAUUGCGCUUAUAGCGGGGGCUGUGCUUAUAUGCGUGGGUGGUAGAGGCAACAUUGUGGUUUCUCAUUUCCCCCCUCGCUCCCCUCUCCUCCUUCCCAUUCCUCAGAUAUUCGUGCCGCGCUUCGUACAGAUAGUCGUGCCGCGCUUCGUGCAGGUGGUGGUGGAGGUGCCCAAGGGCAGCUUCAUCUUUGUACCUCGCUUCGUGCAGGUGGUGGUGGAGGUGCCCAAGGGCAGCUUCGUCAAGCGCCAUCCUGACGGCGCCAUUGACUACGUUGGCUGCGUGCCCUGCCCCUUCAACUACGGCUCCGUUCCCUCCAUCCUCGCCCUGGACGGUACGACGUGGUACAGUGCGGCGCAGGUACCGUGCCCUGCCCUUUCUCGUGCCAUGGCACAUGGCAGGUGCACGCCAUGCUACGGGUCAUCAACGGCGCAAGGGGUGUCAGGUGCCACCCCUUUCUUUCCCCAUUCUCUCUCCCCAUCUCUUACCCCCUCCGCUUCUUUCCUCCCAAAUCCUCGUGCAGGCGACCCACUAGAUGCAGUGGUGUUGGGACCCUCCCUGCCGUACGGCCACCCGGGCACGUGGCAGGUGCAUGCCAGGCUACGGUUCAUCGUCUCGUGGGGGGAGGCACACCAGUGGAACGAUAGGGUUCAUCGCCUUUCCCCCCAGGAUAGGCACAUCAAUCCUCUCCUCUUUCCCCACUCCCAUUUUUCACACAACCCCAGGCCGUUGCCUUCUGAACAAGCACAAGCAGAUGCAGCGCAUUUUCCCUCCCCCUCUCGCCCCACGCCUGUUGCUAACCCUGGCCUGAUAGGUGCAGCCAAGGGGAUGAAAGGUACUGAGGGUGAUCAGGCAGAACGGAGGGAUGGAAGCAAGGAGAGUGGGGGAAGUGAGAUGAGGGAAGGUAAAUUGGGAGGACAGGAGGACGAGGAGGCUGUACGGGAGUUGGAAUGGCCAUUGCAAGUGGAGCCGUUGCAGCCAUCCAAGGCGUUGCAGAUGUUGAGAGCGGUGCGAUCAGGUUCCGAUGUGCAACCUUCGGCUUCAGUUCCUGCUGUGGCGGUGCCUGCUGCUGCAGAUCUAGUGUCAGUGGAGCUCUCUUUGAGGCAGUACCUCCUGCUGACUGCCUUUUUCAGAACCUAUUCGUUGUUCAAGUCGGUUAUUAAUGCUGUUAGGGGAAUCAAAGGAAAGACCUUCUUUGAUGGGUGGGAGGUGGUUAGGCCGGGGGCCGCGGGAGGACCGGGAGCAUCAGCCGUCGCGCCGGCAGGCCCGGAUUUCACGGCGUUCAAUGCGGAGGUGUCGGCGAUCGAGGGGGAGAUCAAGAAGGCGAACAAUGACGUCAGCGAUGUGCGGAACGCGCACAACCUGACGUUGCAGGAGGCGCGCGCGGAGAAGCUCGAGGAGCUCCGGAAAGACGCGGCGCGGUCUUCCGCGCAGGCCAAGAAUCGCACGAAGAAGAUUAAAAAGAUGCUGGAGGAGCUGAAGCUGAACAACGAGGCGAAUCGCAUGCGACCGGGAAGCGGCCCGGGAACCGCGGAGGAUCGCCACCGGACGAAUAUUACCGUUGGAUUGGCGGAGCGCCUGCGCGGUCUGCACCGGCUGGUGCUGGUGGUCGAAGAGGAGAUUCAGAACGAGAGCCGUAAGAAAUUACAGCGGCAUUUGUUCAUGGUGACGGGAAAACCGGCGACCGACGAGAUGCUGGAUGAGAUUCUCGAGCACGGGCAGAGCGAGGAUGUGCUGAAAAGGGCUGUGCAGAUGCAAGGCCGCGAUGCGCAAAUCAACGAAGACCAGCUGCGCGACGCCGUCGUUGACAUUGACGAAAAGAUGGACGUGGUGUUGGAAGUUACCAAAGGCAUGGUGGAGCUACAGAACAUGUUUAUGGACAUGGCGAUUAUGGUGGAGGAACAGGGAGCGUAUCUAAAUCGAAUCGACGACGACGUGAAUGCGGCAAAAUCGCACGUCGUGACUGCGACAAAAGAUCUCGAGAAAGCCGAGAAGAUUCAGCGCAACACGCGUCACACGUACUGGCUGAUCUUCUCCAUCGUGCUGAUCAUCGCCGCAAUCAUUGUCGCGUCCGUCGCGUCGAAUAUCGUGUCCACGGUGCCGGAGAGCUCGCGCCGCGCCAUCAUCGGCGUGGUGGUGGUCGCGGAGAUUGCGCUUAUAGCGGGGGCUGUGCUUAUAUGCGUCAUGACGAAGCCCCUCCAAACGCUCUUCACUUUCAAGUUCUAG